AAAAAAACAUUUUUUAUUACUGUUACUCAUGUUCAUAUACUCUUACUGUUAGUGCUCGCCAACUAUUGCGCGCAUGAUUAAGAUCCAGUUUCAAUUUCUCAAUCUCUUGUCGAAAUAAUAAUGAAACAAAUCUUAAACAUCUAAGGCUAAAAUGUCAGUUACUACUUCAUAAGAAAUUCAGACUGAGAUGACGUGGCUGGAAUAUAUUUUCAUCGUUGUUAAAUCUAUAGAUGCAGGUGCAGCUGUUGAAGUGCGAUUGAAGGAAAUAAUAGUAAAGGAAAAAGGAUUAAAGAAAAAAGGAAUAAAGUAAAUAAGAGUAAAGGAUAAAGGAUUAACUAAACUUCACGUUAAUAAUUUAUUCGAAUCUUAGUUAUCAAUCAUUUAAUCCAGACUAUUAAAACAGGUUUCCUUCGCCAUGUGAUGAACAUUUAUGAUUUAUGCACACUCCAAUUUCUUGCAAAAAAAAUUCCUGAAACCCACUCUCAUCUGCAUCUUUAAAAGUUGAAUCCAAAAGAAAAACUGUUUCGCUGAUUGUUUUUCUUGUCAGUCUCUAGUUCCUUCUAAGUUCCUUGUUUAUGUAAUUCUGUUCACUUAUUAUUUGUUUUCCGUAAAAUUUGUCUUGCAAAUUCAGUGUGUCAUUUUUCAGUUUAUACAUCCGGAAAAGAAAAAAAAAAAACAGAAAAUCUUGUUUUUAUUUAGACUAAAAUCUAUUUCCUGUUUUUUGUGUUCUGUAACCAAAAAAAAAAAGAAAAAAAAAUCUAUUUGCUGCUGAUUUUUGUUCUUUCGAUUUUAAACUUCAGUCUAUAUACAUUUCCCCUAAUUUACUUGUUUCUGGGAGAAAAGUUAAUUGUUUCUGCUCCACUUCUUAAUUAUUACUGUUUAUCAUAGUCUUUUUCUUGACAAACUCUUUUUCAUCUUCUACAAGCUCAAAUCUCAAAAAAAAAAAAAAAGUUACUUGUUUCUGCUCCACUUAUUAUUGUUUAUCAUCAAUUUUUUCUUGAUUUUACAUCUUGAACAAGCUCAAAUCCGAAAAAAAAAGAAAAGAAAAAAAUAUCUUGCAGAUUUUUCUUAUUAUCUUUUGGAUCGGACAGAGAAUUUCAGCGUUCUUUUCCUUUUGGCUUGAAACUUCGAAUCAUCUUCGAGUCUUCUUUGCUUUCAUAUUCUUGUGUGCAUAUUAAUAUUAAUCAACCCUAACUAUUUUAACUUCAAUACUUCACACACACCCAAAAAAAAAAAGAGAGAAAAGAAAAGAUCUAGUUUCAUAUUUUGUGGUCAUCAUCAAUUUGCAGCAAAAGUAUUCACUCCAUUUGAAGUGCUAGUCUUCUUGUUUCUUCUAUAAUCAGGAAAAAGGUGUGCCUUGAAGUAUUUGAUCUUUCAAGCAUAUCGAUUACUCUCUUUAUUCGCCCAAUUUAACUCCAAAGGAAAAGUUUGAACUCUUGAAUCAAAAGGAUCAAUGGAUAUUCUCAUUUCAGUUGCUGCAAAAAUAGCUGAGUACACUGUAGCACCUAUUGGAAGGCAAGUUGGUUAUCUAAUUUUCUACAAAGCCAAAUUUAAAGAGCUAAGGGACCGUGUCAGUGAUCUUGAAUACAAAAGAGACGAAAUCAAGCAACGUGUUGAAGAAGAAAGAAGGAAUGGGAAAACAACUUCUGAUGUUGUGCAGAAUUGGUUGAAGAAUGUGGAUGAAGCCAUUGGAGACGUAACUCAACUUCAAAAUGAUCCUCGUCAUGCAGAGGCUGGAUGUUCUAGAUGGUCAUUUCCUAAUGUGGUGACACGCCAUCAACUCAGUAGAAAAGCUACAAAAGUUGCCAAAAAAGUUGUUGACGUACGGGGAGAAGGGGACUUUUCCCAGGUAGCUUACCGUCCCAAACUUGAUGCAGUGUCAGCAUUUACUACAAGGAGUAGUCAAAACUUGGAGUCAAGGAAACCAAUUAUGGAGAACAUCAUGCAUGCUCUAAGAGACCCCAAAGUAAGCAUGAUUGGAGUCUACGGGCUUGGUGGUGUUGGUAAGACCACUCUCGUUGAAGAAGUUUAUCAAAUAGCUAAGGAAAACCAGUUGUUUGAUGAGGUGGUUAUGGCCACCAUUUCCAAAACACCAGACAUCAAAACCGUUCAAGAGGAGAUUGCUGAUCAGUUGGGUCUUCGUUUUGAAGAGGUAACUGUUGCUGGUAGAGUACCUCGUCUAUGCCAGAGAAUCCAAAUGGAGAAAACUAUCCUUCUCAUAUUGGAUAAUAUUUGGGAAGCUCUUGACUUGAAAAAGAUAGGGAUUCCCUCUGAAGGUGAACACAAUGGCUGCAAAAUAUUGAUGACUUCUAGAAAUUUAGAUUUGCUACGACAAAUGGGGGUCAAAGAGAAUUUUAGACUAGAAGUUUUAAAUGAAGAAGAAUCAUGGAGCUUGUUCAAAGCUCUGGCUGGUAAUGUAGAUGAAGAGUUUAGCUUGCAUCAAAUUGCACUCCAAUUGGCAAAAAAGUGUGCAGGAUUGCCUGUUCUCAUAGUUACAAUGGCUCGGUCAUUGAUAAAUCAAGACAUUCAUGCGUGGAAAGAUGCAUUGAACCAAUUAAAAAAGGUUGACAAUGAAGAGUUGCAGGAGAUAACCUAUUCAGCUUUGGAGUUAAGUUACAAAAGGCUGAAAGGAAAUGAAAUGAAAGCCUUAUUCUUGCUUUGUGCUACAGUUGCUGAAAAUCCUUUGGUUUCUGACUUGUUCUAUUAUGGAAUGGGUCUGGGCAUAUUCAACAACACAGAUACAUUGGAGGGUGCCAAGGACAGGCUUCACAUAAUGAUUAGUGCAUUAAAGGCAUCUUGUUUGUUGAUAGAAGAUAACACUCAGACGAAGGUGAAAAUGCACGAUGUUGUUCGUGAAGUAGCUAUCUCCAUAGCUUCAAGGGAUCAUCACAUGUUAAUUAAACACUACGGUGAGUUAAAAGAGUGGCCAACAAUAGAUUUUCUUAGAAGGUGCUCUCAGAUUAUCUUGCACUGCUGUCAGAUCCAUACCAUUCCUGAAAAGGUAGAUUGCCCAAAACUUUCUAUUUUUCAACUGGAAAGUAAGGAUCGUUCUCUUGAUAUCCCUGAUUGUUUUUUUGAGGGAAUGAAAAGCCUCAAAGUUUUAGACUUAACAAGGUUAAACUUGGCUUCAUUACCUACCUCUAUUCGUUUAUUAACUAGACUUACAACAUUAUGUUUGUAUAAUUGUGUUUUGGAAAAUAUGGAUGCAAUUGGUGCACUAAAAAGUUUAGAAAUUCUUAUCUUCCGCUAUUCUUCAAUGAUCAAGUUACCAAUUGAAAUAGGGGAAUUGAACAAUCUAAGAAUGCUCAAUUUGAGUGAUUCUGGGAUUGAAGUCAUCCCACCAAACAUCAUAUCAAGCUUGAUCAGAUUAGAGGAGCUGUACAUGGGCAAUACAUCCAUUAAGUGGGAGAUUAUGAAUUCUGAUAAUGAAGGAGAAAAUGCCAGCCUUGAUGAGCUUCGUCAAUUGCCACAAUUGAGAGCUCUAGAACUACAAGUUCAGGAAGCAUGCAUGUUGCCGAGGGACUUGAUGUUCGAUAACUUAGAAAGUUAUAAAAUAGUCAUUGGAGAUAUCUGGGAAUGGUCUGCAAUUACAAAUGUUUCAGUGAAAACGUUGAAUCUCAAGCUUGGCACCAAUAUUCAUUUGGAGUACAGCAUCAAAGAACUUAUAAAAAGAUCAGAGAUUUUGUAUCUGGAUGAAGUUGAAGGCAUUUCGAAUGUGCUCUUUCAAUUAAACGGAGAUGGAUUUCAACAAUUGAAACACUUCCACAUCCAAAAUAAUGCCAUAAUUAAGCACAUCGUUGAUUUGAAAGAGAGGACUCAUGUUCCAAUCCCUUUUCCAAAUCUGGAAAAUCUAGUGAUUCAGAAUCUCAGUAAGAUGGAGAAAAUUUGUCAUGGCCCACUUGCAGUUGGUUCCUUUGCCAAGCUCCAAACAGUCAAAGUUGAAAACUGUAAUCAAGUGAAAUACCUUUUCUCUGUUUCCAUGGUUAAAAGGAUGUCUCAACUUUCAGAGCUUCAAGUUUCUCAAUGCGAUCUUAUGGAAAUGGUAGUGUUUGGAGACGGUGAUGCAAGUGCAAUGAAUGAUGAAACUAAUGAACCCAUUGAGUUUGCCUCACUCCAUUCUCUGACUCUACAGCAUUUGCAUGCACUUGCCAGCUUCUUCUCCCAUGAGCCCACAUCUUCUCAUGUUUCCCUUUUUAAUAAUCAGGUUGCAUUUUUUAAUUUGGACACUCUCAAGUUGAGUUCACUCAAAUUGAAUAAAAUUUGGAAGGAUAAUCAACAUUCAUUUUACAAAUUGACAAAUUUAAUUGUUGAGAAUUGUGAUGGUCUAAAAUAUUUGUUCUCAUCUACAAUGGUGGAGAGUUUUCCCAACCUCACAAAGCUUGAAAUAAGUGAAUGUCAUCUAAUGGAGGAGAUAAUAGCUGCAGAAGAAGAUAGUGACAACAAUAUUGUCACACUAGAAGAGGUUCGAUUUUUCAAAUUGCAAACAAUUAUCUUGAAGAAUAUGAAGAGCUUGAAGAAAAUAUGGCACAAAGAAUUUUCUAAAGUAAAGACAUUACAAGUCAAAAAUUGUGAAAAAAUUAGAGCAAUUUUUUCUUCUUCAAUGCAAAAAGCAUAUAAUGAUCUAGAGACAUUAAUGGUUACUGGCUGUGUUUCGGUAGAAGAGAUAUUUCAACUGAGUUCUGAUGAAAAUUAUAGUACAGAACAAACACAGCUGAAAAAAAUUACUCUAGAAAGAUUGUCGAAGUUAAAACAAAUAUGGAGCAAGGAUCCUGAAAGAGCUCUUAAUUUUUGCAAUCUAGAGGAAAUAAAUGUAGAGAGCUGCAUAAACUUGGAAUUUGUAUUUCCAUGUUCAGUAGCCACAAGUUGCUCACAUCUUAAAGAACUUAGAAUUAAAUGGUGUCAAAACAUGAAGGAAAUUAUUGGAUUCAAGGAAGAACCCAUGUUCUCAUCUAUUUCCUUUGAGUUUAACCAUUUAAAUACGUUGGUGCUUUGGUACUUGCAUAAGCUCAAAGGGUUCUAUGCACGAAAUUACACAUUAUCAUGUCCAUCUUUGAGAAAAUUAAAUAUUACUGGAUGUGUGAAGUUAAAUUUGUACAGAACUCUUUCUACAAGUAGUCAUCAAAAGCUUUCAGAUGAAGAAUAUAUUAUUUCAACACAGCAACAUUUGAUAGCUGAACAGGUAAUGCCUAAUUUAGAGCACUUGGUAAUAGAUGAAAAGGAUGCUGUCAACAUAUUGCAAACCCAAAAUAUAGGUUCCUUCUUCAACAAAAUAUCAUUUCUUGCUCUAUCCCGUUACAAGACAGAAGGUUCUGCUUUUCCUGAUCAGGUUCUGCAGAAUAUAUACAGUUUGAAACGGCUAACUGUUGAGUGGAGUUCCUUUAAGAAGAUAUUUCAAGAUAAAAGGCUUACAAAUGAAAAAAAUUGUACAAAGCUCCAAAGUUUGACACUCUAUCAAUUACCAAAUCUUCAACAUAUAUGCGAAGAAGGACUGCAAAUUGACCCAGUUCUCGAGCUUCUUGAAUGUUUAUUUGUUGAUGGAUGUUCAAGUUUGAUAAACAUUGUUCCUUCUUCUGUUACCUUUUGCCAUUUGACCUAUCUUGAGGUAGCAAAUUGCAAUAGCAUGAUAAACUUACUUUCUCCUCGUACAGCAAGAAGUCUGGCCAAGCUCACCGUAAUGAAGGUAAAACAAUGUGAUUCACUUGAGGAAAUAUUGUCCAAAGAGGGAGAGGAGAUAACAAAUGACAUUGCAUUUUUCUCCUUGGAAACUUUGGAGUUGGAUUCUUUACCAAGUCUAGGUAGAUUUUGUUCCCAAAAGUGCUUCUUAAGAUUUCCAUUGUUGGAGGAUGUAGUAGUUAGGGAAUGUGCUCGCAUGAAGUAUUUCUCUGAAGGAGACAGGGUGAGCACACCAAAGCUUCGAAAAGUGCUAACAGCAGAGAAUAGUAAAGAAUUUUAUUGGAAGGGAGACUUGAAUGGAACCAUAAAAAACAUGUUUGAAGACAAGGUGUGUUUUCGUAGUUUCGAGAAUUUGAAUCUAUCAAAAUAUCCUGAGCUAAAAGAGUUAUGGUAUGACCGACUUCAGAACAAUAUAUUUAGCAAAUUGAAGAAGCUAUUAGUUCACAAGUGUGACUUUUUAUCCGGUGUGUUAUUUUCUCUAAAUAUAAUUGGCCUGCUUGUGAAUUUGGAAGAGUUAGAUGUAAAAGACUGUAAUUCUCUAGUAGUUGUGUUUCAUAUCUCAACAUUUUCUGAAGAAAUUGAGACAAGGAAAUGUUCUUUUUUGAGAAAGUUGACUCUUUGUAGUCUUCCAAAUUUGAAGCAUAUUUGGAAGGAAGAUCCUAACACAACUUCGAGCUUUCAGAAUCUAUGUGAAGUCUCUGUUGUAGAUUGUCCAUGUUUAAAAAGUCUCUUUCCAUUCUCUGUAGCUACAAAUAUGGCCCAACUUGAAGAUCUUGAAGUAUUAAAUUGUGGGAUUGUGGAAGUAGUUGAUAAUCAAAGACGGCCAAGAGAGAUGAUUAAAUUUGUGUUUCCUCAUUUAAGGAAACUAUGGCUAAGAAAUCUGCUUAAUCUGAGGACAUUCGUUUCUGGCAUCUAUUCUAUUCAAUGUAAAUCUUUAAAACAUUUAGAUGUGAUCAACUGUCCAAGACUGAAGUUAUUUCAGACUCCAUAUCCCAGCUGCCAAGAAAGAGCUGUGAAUGACAAAAUUUCUAUUCCAAUACAUCAACCUCUUCUUAAGGUUGAAGAGGUACUUCCGAACUUGAAAGUUUUGGGAGUAGACAAUAAUAAUGUUGAGGUUAUAUUGCAAAGCAUGUAUUCACAAGAUCAAUACGACAAACUUGAAGAUCUUAGAGUGUCUUUAUUUGAAAGUGAAGGCACCACAUUUCCAUAUUGGUUUUUGGAAAAUGCGCCGAAUUUGGAGUCACUAAAUGUUGAAUGGAGUUCUUUUGUAGAGAUAUUUCAUGAUCAAAGCAUUGGUAUUGAGGAGGGACAAGUCACAAUUAGCACACGACUAAAGGACCUUAAUCUAGCUCAGCUACAUGACCUUUGUCAUAUAUGUAAAGAAGGAUUUGAAAUUGACCCUGUUCUCCAACAUCUUGAACAGUUAGCUGUCGGCCAUUGUUCUAGUUUGGUAAACUUGGUUCCUUCCUCUGUUACCUUUGCUUACUUGAGACAUUUGGAGGUAGCAAACUGCAAUGGAAUGAUCAAUCUGAUAACAUGCUCAACAGCAAAGAGUCUUGUCAACCUCGCAACAAUGAAAAUUGAGUCAUGCAAUUUACUACAAGAUAUAGUGAAUACAAAUGAAAAUGAGAAAGACAGAGAAAUUGCAUUCUCCAGCUUGGAGAAACUUGAACUUGUGUCUUUACCAAGGUUGCGUAGCUUUUGCUCAUGCAAAUGCUCCCUUCUCUUCCCACUGUUGGAGAAUGUAUUGGUGAAAGAAUGUCCUCGAAUGGAAAUUUUCUCUACAGGAGACACAAGCACACCAGAUCUUCAGCAAGUUCAAAUAGAAGAAAACAAUAAACAAAAUUUUUGGGAAGGAGACUUGAAUGGAACAAUAAACAAGUUGUUUGGCGAUAAGGUAUCAUUUUGUAGAUUCAGACAUUUGACCUUGUCUGAUUAUCCAGAGUUGAGAGACUUUUGGUAUGACAAAGAAUACCAUAAUUUAUUUGGCAAUUUAAAAUCUCUGGUGGUGCAAAAAUGUGAGUUUUUGUCAGAUGUUCUUUUUACGUCAAACACAUUGCAAGUUCUACAUGAAUUAGAAGAACUGGAAGUACGGAAUUGUGAUUCAUUAGUAACACUGUUUGAUGUGAAAGGAAUGAAGUCUAAUGGAGCAAUGGUGAAACAAGCUAGCAAAUUGAAAAAAUUAAGCUUGUCUAGCUUACUAAAGUUAAGGCACAUAUGGAAUGCAGAUCCUUGCGAAAUUGUUAGUUUUGAAAACUUGUGCACAGUGGAUGUUGUUAAGUGCAAAAGUCUGUUGUAUUUAUUUCCACUCUCAGUAUGCCUUGAUCUCCCAUAUAUUGAAAAGUUGAAUAUAAAGUCUUGUGGAGUUAAAGAAAUUGUUUCAAUGGAGAAAGAAUCAACUGAAAUCAACUUUAGCUUUCCUCACUUGAGUUUCUUGAGAUUUAUUCGACUGAAAAAACUCAAGAGUUUCUAUUUGGGAAGAUUUACUUUAGAGUGCCCUUCAUUAAAGACAUUAAAUGUAUAUCGCUGUGAGGCACUACAAAUGUUUACCUUCAACCAUUCAAGUCUUCAACAGCAUCAUCAGAUAGAAGAAAUUAAUGAUUCGCCGCCUAUUCCUCAAGCACUCUUUUCUAUUGAAAAGCUAAGCGGCAACUCAUUGGAAGAAUUGGCACUAAAUGGCAAGGAUGCAAUGAUGAUGAUCAAUGGUCAUAUGAAAGAAGCUAAAUUUUCGAAAGUAGAAUUUCUUCGCAUGCAAUGCCUUUAUGACACACAACUUAUUUGUUGGAAUGAUUUGCUUCAAAUAUUUCCCAAUAUAGUGACUCUUCAAGUAAGACAAAGUUCUAUGCAAACAUUGUUUCCUGUUGAAGAAAGUGCUCAUUGCAGUACAAGGAUUGCUCAACAAGUGAGGAAAUUGGGGCUUUUUGAAAUGGAGCAUCUCAAACAUAUUUGGCACGAAGAAUCUCUAUCUGAUCAACUUGCCACUCAAAAUCUUGAGACUUUAAGUGUUAUCGCUUGUCCUAAUAUGGCAAGCGUGGUGUCAUCUUCAGUGUCAUUCCAAAGUUUGAAAGAGUUGUAUGUUGAAAACUGCAAGGGGAUGACUCAUUUGAUAACAUCCUCCGUUGCUAAAAGUUUAAUGCAACUAGAAAAGUUAAUAGUAAUAAAUUGUGAGAUGAUAAUGGAUGUUGUGAAUGUUGAUGAAGAAGGAGCAGAGGAAGAUAUCAUAUUUGAGAACUUGGAAUACUUACAACUCUCUACUCUAAUUAGUUUGAGAAGCUUUUGCUAUGGGAAACAUGCACUCAUAUUCCCGUCUUUGAUACGGUUCAUUGUCGAAGCAUGUCCUCAAAUUGAGGUUUUCUCACCAGGAUCCAUUAUAGCACCAUAUCUGAGGACAGUUGAAGUGGAAAAUCAAAGAAAGCAGUGGAAAGGUGAUCUUAAUACUACUAUUGAACAAUUAUUCAAAGAUAAUCAGGUAGUCUCACAUUCUAAUAAAAAUUAAGGUCUUCUGCAAAGUCAAGCCCUCUAUUUGCAUGCAGUAUGUAUGUGCAAUAUUUGAAUGGUGUUCAUCAUGCCUCGAUCCCAAUGAAGCUAUGUCCAUGUUGAGCAGUCUUUGUGUCUUGACUGUAUGAGUGUAUUGUCUGAAAAGCUUCUUGAUAAGGAGAUUGAAGAUGUUAACAGGGACAUUGAAGCAUAUGAUUCCUGUUUUAAAUUUUUUGUGGGAAAAGCUAGAGAUGUUCUCAGUGAGGCUGACUUUCUUAUGGAGAAAUUGAAGGUGGUCAUCAUGUUUACUAUUUCUAUUGUGUUUAUUGGUGGUAAUAAUUGUCAACAUAAAUCCAAAUAAUAAAGAAUAAUUGCUGCCAGUGCAUGUUUGCAUGAUAUAUUGGCUGAUUAUGCAGUAAUACUCUAGCUCAUUACAAUUUGUCAUCAAUUCUAAUUUAUUUUUAGUCCACAUUAUUUAUAA